AUGCAUACCGCCCCGACUACACAAUCGCACCUCCAUAUCAAGCCGCACGUCGGCGCUCAGUUGGGCUUCCCCGCACCCGCCGUCGCCCAGAGACCGCCAGACGCCUCGGCCGCCGAUCGAUGCUCCCCCACGCUCUUCCCGCAAAUACACCUCUCGACGACGGUAUCGACGCCGGAGCCGAGCACCUCGUCUCCUCAGCAGACUGAUAAACAGUCGAUGACGAAUCGAUUGGAUGGCUCUCGAUCGCCCUCGGGCCGGGCCGGGACGGGCGGAGGCUGGUCGCCGUACGUUGAACGGCUAUCCACGCUGCGGAUCAUUGAAGCCUGGAAGAUGAAUGAAUCAUCAUGGAAGCACCAAGUAGCUGUCCCCCCUCGAUGUGCUGGUUUCGUCGUCAUGGGCCCCGAUCUCGUCGUUGCCAGGUGUCCGGCCGCAGGUCUCUCAGACGACCCCAUCCAUACAUCCUUGAUUUCCCAGAGACGCGGAGACGGGGUGAACGCGUCCCGAGACUGCCCGCCCCUCGCGCGACCGCACCGAUCUUGA